AUGGCGAGCAACGGCAUCGGUGAGUGCAGCAAGGAACGUGAGCAAGGACAGGAAGAGGGGAAGGACCGGCGGAGCUAGAGGGGCCUCAUCUCGGUCGCGUGUCUCAUUUGUCUGCCGCGGAGGGACCAGCUCGAAGCAAAAGUUCAGACGUGCUCGCAUCACAAGCUAAGCGAGAAGGAGUCUCGUCUCGCGAGAGGACAUGGUGCGACGUGAUGGUCCGGGAGGCAGAGGCUCAGAAGGCCAAUUUUCCUUCGAAUUUGCGAAUGCACCAGUGCCGUACGGCAUCGGUAGAGAUUGACUCGUUCAGCAAGCAGCGGCUCAUCGACCAAUAACUGACGUUGCUCCAUCUUUUGCCCGCCUCAAUUCUCAUUUCCGCUUCCGUCUCCCGCUUGACGUCGAUGGCGAUGUGCUCGGGCCUCUCCUCUAUCCUUUACUGGUCGCUUCUCAUCUGCACCUGUGGCCCUGCACGCUCCACACUUCUUGUCACCAACUUUCAUCUAUCCGGAUGGCCCAACACCAAUCAUUGGCCGGACACGAAUCCUGGCAUCACUUCUCAUCACCUACCACUUCUGCUCUCAACGCCCGCCUCGACUUUCGCAACCCCCACCUCACCAAUUCUAUCAUGUAUGCGCCGACUUUGGCGGACUCUGCCGCAGGUAUCGCGAAUCUGCCCAACCAGGUGAGCGAACUUUGACUGGAUGUGAUGCGGUGGUACAGGGUUCAGGUCUGAUCCCGGCUUCACCCGUCUCCCGAAACAGAGGCACAAAAUUGUGGCUAAGGCAGGUGGGCACUUCACGUUGAUGGUCGUCGGCGAGAGCGGUGUGGGAAAGACCACGCGUGAGUACUGAUCCUGGCGACAGCAGUCGGCGAGCAGACCCCAGCGCAGGCGCAGCUCAGGCACGGGACAAGCCCAAGCCGGUAGGAUGAAACGACGCAAGCGGUCUCGCGCGCUCACGCUUUAGCACCUCGACGCACAGUCAUCAACACGCUCUUCUCUACCGAGCUGGCAACUGGCAAGGACCACACUCGCCGUCAUGCCAAGCAACUCGACAAGACAGUCGAGAUCGACAUCAUCAAGGCCGAGCUGGAGGAGAAGCAGUUCAAAGUCAAGUUGACUGUGAUCGACACACCAGGCUUCGGAGACUACGUAAACAACCGCGACAGCUGGGCACCCAUCGUCGACUUUCUCGAUGAUCAGCACGAGAUGUACAUGAGGCAAGAGCAGCAGCCCGAGCGUUUGCAGAAGACUGAUCUUCGCGUCCACGCUUGCUUGUACUUCAUCCGACCUACCGGCCACACCUUGAAGCCCCUUGACAUCGAGAUCAUGAAGCGUCUCGGCACUCGUGUCAACCUCAUUCCCGUGGUUGCCAAAGCCGACACGCUCAGCCCAAACGAUCUUGCUAUCUUCAAGCAAAGAGUGAGUUGUCCGGGGUUGGCCGUAAUGUGUAACCCCUGAUAUGCGGCGUAUUGACCCCACAAAAAAUGUUCCUCAGAUCCGCGAGGUGAUCACUUCGCAAGGCAUCCGGGUCUACACUCCUCCCAUCGAGACAGAUGAUGAGGCUAGUGCAGACCACGCCAAGACUCUCAUGUCGGCCAUGCCCUUCUCUAUCAUUGGAUCCACUAAGGACGUUCAGACUCGUGACGGGCGCACUGUCAAGGGUCGCUCGUACAUGUGGGGAGUUGCCGAAGUGGAGAACGAGGAGCACUGCGACUUUAAAAAGCUUCGCAGCCUGUUGAUCCGUACCCACAUGCUCGACCUCAUCAACACGACCGAAGAGACUCACUACGAGAACUACAGGCAAGCACAGAUGGAGACUCGCAAGUUUGGCGAGCCAAAGGUCAAGAAGCUGGACAACCCCAAGUUCAAGGAGGAGGAAGAGUCUCUUCGCAAGCGCUUCACCGAGCAGGUCAAGCUGGAGGAGCAGCGUUUCAGGCAAUGGGAGGCUCACCUCAUCGCCGAGCGCGACCGUCUCAACAAGGAUCUCGAGCACGCGCACGGCUCCAUCAAGGCGCUGGAGGCCGAACUCGACGCUGUGAGUUUUGGUGAAGGAGCACGAUUGCACGCGGACACCAAGGCAACGCGACUGACGUUUUGCCCCCUCCCACAAUCACAAUACAGUUGCAAGGCGGAUACGCUCGUGGCGUUGGCUCUCAACGUCGAUGA